UGUAUUCUGAAUAUUCAUCAAGAGAUUUUAAUCGAUAUUGAACGUGGGAAUAGAGGCUGGAACGACAGUUUCGCUGAUAUUGAAAGCUUAAGUCUGUUCUUGGACCGUACCAGCACUAAUUCGACGACCCGUAUGCUAACGACGAGCACCUCGUCAGAAGAACGUGCUUGGUAUUGCUCGAAGUUUCAAAAAGGCGAGUGUUCUAAGACGUCUCCUCAUGCGGCACGAAUUGGCGCGGAAAUACGAACUGUCAAACAUGUUUGUGCUACUUGCUUUCUGAAGGAAAAGGUGUUACGCGAUCAUCCGGAAUCUUCUUCCUCAUGUACAAACAGGAAGGACUGACUAACAUUUGAAGAUUUAACGGGGCUCAGGACACCUCCAGGACUUGCAUAUGGUAAAGAGUGUAUUAAUUGUCACAAGCGUCAUCGCCAGUCGCUCCGUCUUUACACGUGUCAUCGUCAGUCGCUCCGUCUUUACACGUCGCAUCGUCCGUCACUCCGUCUUCACACGUGACAUCGUCCGUCACGCCGUCUACACAUGUUACAUUGUCAGUCGCUACGUCUUCAUACGUGUCAUCGUCAGUCGCUUCGUCUUCACACGUGUCAUCGCCAGUCGCUCCGUCUUUACACGUCGCAUCGUCCGUCACUUCGUCUUCACACGUGGCAUCGUCCGUCACGCCGUCUACACACGUGGCAUCGUCCGUCACGCCGUCUACACACAUGAAAUCGUCCGUCACGCCGUCUACACACGUGACAUCGUUCGUCACGCCAUCUACACACGUGGCAUGUCCGUCACGCCGUCUACACACGUGACAUCGUCCGUCACGCCGUCUUCACACGUGACAUCGUCCGACACGCCGUCUACACACGUGGCAUCGUCAGUCGCUACGUCUUCAUACGUGUUAUCGUCAACUACUUACUCGUCACUCAAGGGCUCGUUCAUACAUGCGUCGUCGUCAUUAGUCCUUAGGAGCUGUUCGUUAAUACACUGCAAUGAAAAUGAUGCCGGUAAAACGGAAGUUGGAGAUGCUGUUUUCAGUACGGGUGCUCAAGAGAACGACAACAUCAUUCUUUUACAUGACAUUGUUUAUAAGUGUGGUGUUCCGAAUUUUAAAGCAGUGAGAAUACCGUUACGUACUAACUGGAAUAUUUCGUACUUAAGAUUGGUGCUGUUCGAAAUUCUUGAAAGACCAGUGACCCCAUAUUGCAGACGUGUCUUCGGGAGAUGGCGUUUUUGGCAUAUACGCUCGAGUGUGAACUGCGUUCCGUGCAUCUGUCUUCAGGCAGCAAAAGACUUGCGUAUCUACUUAGUCGAUGGCGUCUAGUCUUGAAAAACGGAAGUGGGACGAUGUACGGAAAUAACUGUUCUUCGCCACCAGUUAAGUCGUACGCAGAAAUCAGCUCACGCAGUUGGAACUUAUCGGAAUUUAGAGACUCAAAUACGUUCAUUUUUGUUAUUUUGUGAAUAUUAUUCUCUGCAAGAAUGCCCGGUAAAUAUUGAUACCAUCUGUUUAUAUGCGCAAUUUUUGAGUCGAAGUAAGAAAUCUCUUCAAAGCAUUAAAAAUUAUAUCAACGGUUUUCGCAUUUACCACGCCUUUAGAGGCGUUGAAUUCCCUGACAUUUCUGAUAUUUCUUUAGAAUUGACGUACAGUGGUUUAGGAAAAUCACUUACAUUCGCCUAAGCAAGCGCCUCAUAUGACGCCAGAGAUUUUGUUUCAAAUUUAUUGUGCUUUAGAUUUAGAUUCUCCGUUUCAUGCGACACUUUGGUGUUUGUUUUUGUUUGCAUUUUACAUGAUGUGCAGGAAGUCUAGCAUAGUUCCCCGUUCUGUAUUUAGUUUUGAUCCCACCAAAUACUUGUGUAGAAAUGAUAUGAAUGUUACUGAUUUUGGACUUCUUGUUGUGCUGAAAUACGCUUAGACCAAUCAAUUCGGAGUCAACAACGUUUUUAUUCCACUUUGUAGAAAUGAAUCUUCGCCUUUGUGCCCUGUUCAAGCAUUUCAGCGAAUGAUAAAGCUAGUGUUCCCGUGGCAAGCACUAGCCCUUUGUUUUGCAUUGUAAACGAUAAAAAGGUAGUCCCGUUGGACGCCAAAGCGCUGACAGAAACGUUUUGACGCACCAUGUCUCUCAUUUCAGUUCCAAACGCGCAUGCAUACACCAUGCACUCUUUCCGCCGUGGUGGCGCUUCGUUUUAUUUUAAAUGUGGCGUGCCAGGGGAUGUCGUUAAACUGUUUGGCAAUUGGAAGUCUGACUGUAAUUUGCAUUAUUUGAGAUGUUCUUUGACAAACAUGAUUGAGGUUGCACAGAAAGUUGCACAGGCUUUGUAAUUAUUUUUGGCCGUUAUUUUGGGAGGUUUUUGGCUGUCUUCGACUUGUCUAAUACCUUUGUGUUUAUACUUGGUUUUUAUUUGAAGUACAGCCAAAAAUUUAUCGGCCAAAAUUAAUAAUUAAUUUUUAAACUUGUGUUUGGUAAUUUCUGACAGCAAUUAUUUCACUAAUUUUAAUACAAAUUUAAUAAUUAUUAAGGGAGGCCAAUCUUUCCCGGUUGCGAAAUCUCGAUUAUGAUAGUCCGCCCCUUUGGCGCCUUUUCAGUCGUUAGUUAGUAUCUACCCGGAGCGGACGUUUGUUUUCAACCCUCCCCC